GGGAUAUAUUCAUGAUACAUUUAUAUUUAUAUUUUAACUUAAGAUUAUUAAAAAAUAUAAUAAACAAAUGAAAUAAAAUUAUAUUCAUUGUUAUAAUAUCAUUACUAUAAUAAAAAAAAAAAAGAUUUUUUAAUAUUCUAAUUAAAUUGUAAUGAUAAUUUAAUAGCAAUAUAUAUAUUUCAAUAUUUUCAAUUACGAAUUCAUUUAUGAAUCAAAAUAUAUAUUUUGUAAAAUAUUUAAAAUAAUUAUAAAUUUUUAGAUAUUCUAACUUAAAAUUUAAACAUUAUUUAAUACCACUUUUUUACAGUUGAUGUCACUAGUGUAGUAUAAGUAACCAUUAAGAGUAAACGUCACAUGAUAAAAGCGGGUGUGAGCGCUUUUCUCUUAAUUUGUAUAUAAAGUGUUCUUAUUCUUAAUAUUUAUAAAACUACAUUAUUAAGUUAUAUUUUAAAAUUAAAGUCAAUUAUUUAUUAAAGUUUUUUCAUUUUUCUUAAGAAUUACAUAUAACAACGAAACAAAAAUAGCACAAUGAGAUACAUUUUGGGCACUACUUUUGCGGGUACUGCUUCAGCAACAAUUCUAGUAUUAGUAUUAUAUCAUCUAUUUACUGGAAAAGGUGAACGUGUUAGUAUUGCAUGGUUUUUAGAAAAUACCUCGCCGUAUAUGUGGGCAACUCUUGGUAUUGGACUUGCAGUAGCUUUAUCUGUUGUUGGUGCUGCAUUAGGAAUACAUACAACAGGAGUUUCAAUUAUUGGAGGUGGUGUAAAAGCACCAAGAAUUAAAACAAAAAAUUUAAUUUCAGUAAUAUUUUGUGAAGCUGUAGCUAUCUAUGGUUUGAUUACUGCCAUUGUAUUAUCUGGAAUGUUAGAAAAAUUUACUGCUGAAGCUAUUCAGAAGGAAGAAGUUCGUGAUCAAAAUUGGUUUGCUGGUUAUUUAAUGUUUGGAGCAGGAUUAGCCGUUGGUCUUGUUAAUUUAUUUUGUGGUAUAGCUGUUGGUAUUGUUGGUUCUGGUGCAGCCCUUUCUGAUGCAGCGAAUUCUGCUCUUUUUGUUAAAAUUCUUAUUGUAGAAAUCUUUGGUUCUGCCAUUGGACUUUUUGGAUUAAUUGUUGGAAUUUAUAUGGUAAGUUAUUUAAUGAGCAUAUUUUUGUUUUUUAAAAUUCUAAUUAAUUCAUAUAAAUUUGCAGACAUCUAAAGUAAAGAUGGGAAAUAAAGUAUAAAUUUAAAAUAAAUAGCAAUAUUACAUAAUAUCCAUAAAAUAUUUUUUAGAUUCAUUAUCUUUCACUAUUUAGUGAUGAUUAAAAUAAAAAUAUAAAAAUAAAAAUAAUUAUUAUGUUUAAACCAAUUUAAAAUUUGUUAUAUAAGAUUAAUAUUUUGUUUUUAUAUUGAACAAAUAUAUAUAAUUUUAUUAUGAAUAGAUUUUAAUUAUUAAUUUGAAUAAUUUUCACAACUUUUGGUUAUAAAGAUUUUUAUGUAUAAAUAAUUAUUUUUAAUAUUAUAAAGUUCAUUAUUUCAAUAGAAUCUUUUAUUUAAAAUAUUUUGAGUAUGAUCAUAACACAUUCUUUCUUGAAUGAUUCUCUAUUGUAUAUAUAUUUUUUAACUAUAACAUUAUGAAAUAAAUAUAACAUUAUGAUAUGAUAUGAUAUGUUUCAUAUAUAUAUAUAUAUAAAAUAUACUAUGUAUAAUAUUAUUUAUGAAUUGAUUUUUUUAUUAGAUAAUAUAAAAAAAAGUUCUUUAAUAAAAAUAUAAAAAUUCUUAACAAAUAUUAUAUAUAAAGUCAAAGCUUAUAUAUAUAUAUAUGUAUAUAUAUAUAAUCAACAGUAUUAGAGAAAAAUUCUUGUUAUCCUUGCUAUCUAAUAAUUUAUAUCUAAUGAUUGACUAUAUAUGAUACUAUUAUUUUCCAUAAACCAUUAUAGAAUGAAUAUCUUUAAAUGCCUUCUCUAAGCACUUCACAUAUUCACUAGCGUUGCUGUUACUUUUAUAACUCGUCACAAUAGUUCCCAAUUUUUUAUCUUGUAUCAUGUAUCUAAACAUUAAAGUAAUUGUUAUAUAGAUAAAAUAUUCAAAACUAUAUAUGUUAUCAAAUUGCAAAUGAUAUAUUUGUAAAAAUAAUAAAGAAAACUCACCCAA